GAUGGUAAAGUGGGGAAGUUUGAUUGCAUAGAAGGGAGGAAGAGGGUAUUGGAAGGCUGAGAAAGAUUCUGGGUUGAAGGGUAAUGGCUUCGUCUUCUUCAGUGCCGGAAGGUUUAGGUUUAAGUGAAGAAGAUGGCUCUGAAUCGGGAUGGGUGGCUGCUAGAACUUCCUGCGACCACCUGGGCGCCUUAUCCGACGAUCUGAGUCACAUUCCGACUCCUGGCACUCACUGCAACACGUGCCAACACCCCACCGAAAACUGGUUGUGCCUUUCGUGUAAGCAGGUUCUGUGCAGCCGUUUUGUGAACAAGCACAUGCUCCACCACUUUCACCUCACUAACGCAAAUCAUAGCGUUGCCCUCAGUUUUAGUGAUCUCUCCGUCUGGUGUUUCUCCUGCGACGCCUACUUGGAUGCUCAACUCAUUCCCCAACUGCGUCCUGUUUAUCAACUAGCCUAUAUACUGAAAUUUGGUGAGCCUCCACCACUCCUCCCAUCAGAUCAGCAUCACCUUCCAUCUGCAACUUCA